AUGGCGGAUGCAACGGCUCUCUCCGCUGGUGGGGAUCAAGGGCCUAGGGAAGAGAGGGUGGCGAUUAAUCUACCCGUAGGCGACGUCGAGAUGGAAGAUUUAUCUCAAGCUCAACCUAAACCCACCAACCCAGAUGCCAAUCCAUAUGUUUCAGAGCCCCAAAAUCAUGAUUCCGAGUCUGCUCUGGCCCCAAUACCCGUACCGGAUAAGGAUCCGCCGAACGAUGAGUCGACAUCGUUGAAAGCCAGCGGCAAAAUCCCAACCGGCGGCGACGAUCAUGAUCUGACGAUAGAUCCUGUUGAGUCCGGUGCUGGGUCUCCAAAUGACGAUUUAGUGGUCGAUAUAAUGCUUCUCUUAACCUCGGGCGCCCGACAUCCUUUUCGUAUCGACGAGAAAUACUUGGCAAAACGGAAUGUUACUGUGACGGGCAAGACAGAUGACGGAAAGCUGGAUCCGUUCAGCAUCACAGUCUAUACCCUAAAAGAGUUGAUACUGAGAGAUUGGAGGAAAGAAUGGGACCAGCCACCGAGAGAACCUAGUUCUAUAAGGCUCAUCCACUUUGGUAAAUUGCUCGAAGACAGAAAUCAACUUAGCCAUUCCCACUUCAGCACGACUAGGAAUGUUGUUCACAUGACUAUCAAGCCGCAAGACUUGAUAGAUGAGGAAGAAGCCGCCAAGAAGGUCAAAGAGUCCGGGAGCCACACCAGCCGCAGCGGAUGCUGUGUCAUCUUAUGAUCUAGUCCUUGUUAAGUGACAACUAAAUUUCAAAGAGCGAACAUCCUCUCGAUGUGGUGAUAUCUUAACCUGUUCUAGAACUGUCCGAACUAUUGGGGAGCAACAUAGGCGAGUCGGGCAAUUGGGCAUAUGCUGCGGAAAUGAUUGCGGAUUUUUUUUUGGGCAUCGGACGGCGCGAUAGGGUUGAUUUCAGCGGCUGAGAUUGAAGCGUGAUCCAUCUCCACGAUGCGUUUACUAUGUCAUGGGAGAUUAGAGUUCCCUCUGAAUUUAGCCUGGAGUACAACAUCGAUGGCUCAAGAGGGGGGGGGGAUAGGGUUGAGAAGAUCUCACCAACUCUUUACGUGCUACUUUUUUGUUUCGUUUUUUUGUACAGCACUAGAGAAACAGGCCUAUAUCCGGCGCAGUUUGUUGUGUUUAUAGUAUUUGCACUUUACCGGUCUUGCCGACCAUAUAAGCGAUUAAUGUGGGUUAGCAUACCACUGUCUAUACGUUAAUAUGGAUCUAUUGUAGUCAUA